GAGAAAAAAUGCUGGAAGAUUUUCUCGAAAUCUCUUCAUUGAUUCCUCAUUCUCUUUCUUUCUGCUUCAUCUUCUUCUUCUUCUCCUUCCUUUCACCUGAAAUUCUCAAUCUCACUCUCACUUCCUCCCCUCUCUAACUAAUUUGAUCACCUUCCAACAUUCUUCCCUUCCACGUUUCACAGGACUUCCACCAUUGUACAUUGAUCAAUUCAAUUUUGCAAAACACAACUAUUCUAAAAAUUUCACAACUUCGCGUCGUUGGCCUUCAAAUUACGACUUGGGUUGUUCCAAAAUUGGAUUAUCGGUGUAGUGAGGGACGAAAUUUCUCCAAUUCGGGUCUCUAAUUUUGGUUUUGCUGGGUGAAAUUAGGGUUUGCGAAUAACCAGAAUUGGGGGAAGAAGGAGAUCUGGGGUUUAGGUCAACGGAAUUUGACUUUCCGAGGAUGAUCGGGUUAUUAGUUUACUAAAAAAAAUCGACGGUUUGGAUCUGAUCGGAGGAGAGACAGCGCCACGGGAUGGCGCUGUUCCGUCGCUUCUUCUACAAGAAGCCUCCCGAUCACCUUCUCGAGAUCUCCGAGCGUCUCUACGUUUUUGACUGCUGUUUCUCGAGCGAUGUUAUGGGAGAGGAUGAGUACAAACUGUAUUUAGGCGGCAUCGUUGCUCAGCUACAGGAUCAUUUCCCUGAUGCUUCCUUCAUGGUGUUCAACUUCAGAGAAGGAGACCAGCGGAGUCAGAUAUCAGACGUGCUGUCUCAGUACGACAUGACGGUUAUGGACUAUCCUCGGCACUACGAGAGCUGUCCGCUUCUACCUCUCGAGAUGAUCCAUCACUUUCUAAAGUCUAGCGAGAGCUGGUUAUCUCUGGAAGGUCAACAAAACGUUCUGUUGAUGCAUUGCGAAAGAGGCGGCUGGCCUGUUCUCGCCUUCAUGCUGUCAGGGCUGUUAUUGUACAGGAAGCAGUAUCAGGGCGAGGUGAAGACUCUUGAGAUGGUGCACAAGCAAGCUCCCAAGGAGCUUCUUCAUCUGUUGUCUCCUCUAAACCCGCAGCCUUCUCAGCUCAGAUAUCUUCAGUACAUUUCUAGAAGAGAUUUAGGAUCUGAUUGGCCUCCUUCGGAGACGCCUCUUCUUUUAGAUUGUUUGAUUCUCAGAGAUCUCCCACGUUUUGAAGGGAGGGAAGGGUGUAGACCGAUUGUGAGGGUUUAUGGUCAGGACCCUAAGGCCAGAGCCAACAGGAGUUCCGUAGUUCUGUUUUCCACACCAAAGACAAAGAAACACACUCGCCUUUACCAACAGGAAGAGUGUAUCCUGGUGAAGUUAGAUAUCCAGUGCCGUGUUCAAGGGGAUGUUGUUCUGGAAUGUAUACACUUGCACGAUGAUUUGGUGCGUGAAGAGAUUAUCUUUAGAAUCAUGUUCCACACGGCGUUUGUGCGCGCUAAUAUAUUAAUUGUCCAACGCGAAGAGAUGGAUAUACUGUGGGACGCUAAGGACCAGUUCCCAAAGGAGUUUAAGGCAGAGGUACUUUUCUCUGGUGCUGAUUCUGUGGUGCCUACUAUCGCAACAGCUCCAGUGUCAGAUGAUGAUGAGAGCGAUUUUGAUAUGGCUUCACCUGAUGAGUUUUAUGAGGUGGAGGAGAUUUUUAGCGAUGCGGUUGAUGGGCAUGAGUUGAAGAGAGGAGACUCAGAUGGUUUUGUGGUUGUUGAUAGUGCUUCAGAUGAUUCUGAGGGUAAAGAGGUGUGGAAGGGGGAUGUAGAACCCAAUGCGUUUCUAGAUUGUGCAUCUGAUGAUUCAAAUCAUAAACAUGAGGCUAGCGCAGAUCCAGUUAAAGAUAUCACUGUUGAUGAUGUACAGUAUAGAUCAGAUGGGACCAGUAUUGACUCAGUGAAGGAUAUAGGAAUAGACGAUGGUGAUGAGCAGCGAAAGAGAAGGACCAUGGAAGCAAAGGAAAAUGAUUCUAGAACAGCAGAGAAAGCACAAGCUAAACCAAGGAAACAGGUGGGAGCAAAUGCAAAACUGGCUGGAGAUGCACUGAAACCAAAGUCUAAUGUAAGAAUGGCUAAGCCUAAUGCAGUUUCUCGAUGGAUUCCUUCAAAUAAGGGCUCAUAUAAAGACUCUAUGCAUGUGGCGUAUCCCCAUACAAGGAUUAACAGUGCUCCAGCUUCGAUAACUACUUCUCUCAAGGAUGGUAAAAGAGCUACAUCACCUGAUGGGGUGGUUACCAAGGAAGCUAAGAGUAAAAAUCUGAGAGCGUCUGUUUCUUCACCAGAUGUCAGGAGUCGAGCUCCAAGUUGCUUAUCACCAGAGUUUAGCCCAAAGGAAAAGCCGCCUUCUCUGCCUGCCUCUCCACAUUAUGCGCCUCCACCACCGCAGCAUUCACCUUCACCGCCAGAGCAACCUUCUCUAAGCAGUGAGGCUGCAUCACCUCCUCCGCCUCCACCUCCACCGCCUACUUACUCUUCACCGAGCCAAAAUGACAGCUACUCUCAAACAUCUCAGAUCCCACCACCACCGCCACCUCCUCCAUUUGCAUCUAAGAGACCAAACAGUGGAAGCAUGUUGCCUCCACCACCACCUCCUCCUCCUUUGGCAUCUGAGAAACCAAAAACUGGAACCGUGUUGCCACCACUGCCACUAUCUCCACCUUGGAAGUCUGUGUUUGCCUCAGCUUUGGCAACUCCUACGACAUGUUCUACUUCUCAACCUCCUCCACCACCACAAACCAGCAGCCAAUCUCAAACAUCUCAGCUCCCAUUGCCACCAUCUCCUCCACCACCACCUCCUUUUGCAUCUGUUAGGCGAAACAGUGAAACCAUGUUGCCCCCUCCACCACCUCCUCCACCGUGGAAGUCUGUGUAUACUUCAACUCUUGAAACUCAUGAGGCAUGCUCUACAUCUAACAAUUUUCCACCGCCACCACCACCACCACUUCCUCCUUUUAGCUCAUCAAAAGAAAAUGGAGAUCACGUUACUCCUUCCUCGCUGCCUUAUUUGAGUAAUGCACCUUCGCCAUCACCCAAGUCAUCUCCUAUCAACGGCUUUUCUGCUCCUCCACCUCCUUUUAGUAAGCCACAUUCAGUCCCUCCACCUCCGCCACCGAGUUAUGGAUCUCCAACCCCACCUCCUCCUCAACCACCGAGUUAUGGAACUCCUCCUCCACCACCCCCUCCUUUUGGUAAAACUUCACCUCCGCCACCACCACCACCUCCUCCAUUUGGAUCUAGUGGUCCUCCCCCACCACCACCACCUCCUCCAUUUGGAUCUAGUUGUCCUCCGCCACCACCUCCUCCUCCAUUUAGAUCUGGGGGACCACCGCCUCCACCUCCUCCACCUAUGGGUGCUCCACCUCCACCACCUCCUCCAAUGCAUAGAGGAGCCCCACCACCACCACCUCCUCCAAUGCGUGGAGGAGCCCCACCGCCACCACCUCCUCCUAUGCUUGGAGGAGCCCCACCGCCACCACCACCUCCUAUGCGUGGAGGAGCCCCACCGCCACCACCUCCUCCUAUGCUUGGAGGUGCCCCACCGCCACCACCUCCUCCAAUGCGUGGAGGAGCCCCUCCUCCGCCUCCGCCUCCUGGUGGCAGAGCUCCUGGGGGACCGCCGCCUCCACCACCUCCAGGCGGCCGUGCUCCUGGUCCACCUCCCCCUCCUGGGCCAAGACCUCCAGGUGGUGGACCUCCUCCGCCUCCUGGACCAAGACCUCCUGGUGGUGGACCUCCAGAUCUUAAGGGUGCAGGAAGAGGGCGUGGUCUUUCACGUCCAGGUUUGGGGUCUUCAGCUCAAAAAAAGUCUUCCCUGAAGCCACUACACUGGGUUAAAGUAACAAGGGCCUUGCAAGGAAGCUUAUGGGACGAGUUACAGAGACAGGGACAAACUGCACCAGAGUUUGAUGUAUCAGAAAUAGAGACCCUUUUCUCUGCUAUAGUGCCAAAACCGGUUGAUAAAUCUCGAAAAAAAUCAGUUGGAGCAAAGCCUGAAAAAAUUCAACUGAUUGACCUUAGGAGAGCCAAUAACACGGAGAUUAUGCUUACGAAAGUAAAGAUGCCACUGCCUGAUAUGAUGGCUGCAGUUCUGGCAAUGGAUGAUACUGUACUAGAUAGUGAUCAAAUAGAGAAUCUUAUAAAGUUUUGUCCAACCAAGGAGGAGAUGGAACUUCUAAAGAACUACACUGGUGACAAGGCAGUCUUGGGAAAGUGUGAGCAGUACUUCCUAGAGCUAAUGAAGGUGCCACGAGUAGAAUCAAAGAUGAGAGUAUUUUCCUUCAAGAUUCAGUUUGGCACUCAGAUAACAGAGUUCAAAAAAAGUUUAACUGCGGUAAACUCUGCGUGUGAGGAGGUCCGUACUUCACCAAAGCUUAAAGAAAUUAUGAAAAAGAUUCUUUACCUGGGUAACACAUUGAACCAAGGAACUGCCAGGGGAGCUGCAGUGGGAUUCAAAUUGGACAGUUUAUCAAAAUUAAGCGAUACACGUGCUGCUAACAGCAAGAUGACUCUCAUGCACUAUCUUUGCAAGGUCCUUGCUUCCCAGGGAUCAGAUCUACUGGACUUCCCAAAGGAUCUUGAGAGUCUUGAAUCAGCUUCAAAGAUACAAUUGAAAUCGCUGGCUGAGGAAAUGCAAGCUAUAAUCAAAGGACUGGAAAAACUGAACCAGGAGCUCAAUGCAUCCGAAAGUGAUGGUCCUGUUUCAGAAGUUUUCCGCAAAACAUUAAAGGACUUUAUCUCCGUUGCAACGACUGAAACUGCAGCUGUAACGAGUCUUUACUCGGUCGUGGGAAACAAUGCUGAUGCACUUGCGCACUAUUUUGGCGAGGAUCCCAAGCGUUGUCCAUUUGAACAAGUUACUGCGACCUUAUUAAAUUUCAUAAGGUUGUUUAAGAAAGCACAUGAAGAGAACAUCAAGCAAGAGGAAUUGGAGAAGAAGAAAGCCGCUAAGGAAGCGGAGAUGGAGAAGGAGAAGGCGAAAGGAGUCAAUCUGACAAAAACAGCAGAUGAUGAUGAUAGCUGACCGAAAAAAAAAAACUUAGAUCCGCCUUUUAAUCUCUCAAGCAAAACCAAGAUGGUUUUUGAUGGCAGUAGAGACGGUGGUGCUGUUCAUGUAAACUUUCCACAGAGUGGCACAGGGCGGUUAAAACACGACUGGAUCCUACAGGGAGAGCUAUUCGCCAGGGCGGGGCUAUCGAGGGAACUAUUAGAAGAUGUAGAGGCAGGUCUUUCCUCCACUCUCACGUUAACAUGAGUGACACCAUAUUGAUUAAUUCUAACUUGUACAUUCUUUGCUUUUCCUGAUUAUUAGAGGAAGUUUUGAUAGAUUGAAAUGUUGUAUAGGUUUCAGGUAGAGAGAGUGAGAUGUAGUAGUGUGUAACUUUGUAUCUACACGAUAUCAAUGUUCUUUAAAUACCUUUGAAAGCA